GGCCGUACAGAACUGCCGGAGGUAUAGCAUGUGCAAGAACGGAGGCACUUGCACACCUAAUGGAAUGACCUUCAAAUGCGUGUGUCCAUCUGGAUGGCGAGGUUUUACGUGCAAAACUGCGGACACAACCACUGCUGUUGUGGCUGAAAGCAAACCAACCAGCCUUGCAGUGCAGAAUUGUCAGAAGUAUAGCAUGUGCAAGAAUGGAGGCACUUGUACUCCCAACGGGAGGACCUUCAAAUGUCUUUGCCCGUCUGGAUGGCGAGGUUUUACGUGCAAAACUGCGGACACAACCACUGCUGUUGUGGCUGAAAGCAAACCAACCAGCCUUGCAGUGCAGAAUUGUCAGAAGUAUAGCAUGUGCAAGAAUGGAGGCUCUUGUACUCCCAACGGGAAGACCUUCAAAUGCGUGUGUCCAUCUGGAUGGCGAGGUUUUACGUGUAAAACUCCAGACACAACCACUGCUGUUGUGGUUGAAAGCAAACCAACCAGCCUUGCAGUGCAGAAUUGCCAGAAGUAUAGCAUGUGCAAGAAUGGAGGCACUUGUACUCCCAACGGGAGGACCUUCAAAUGCGUGUGUCCAUCUGGAUGGCGAGGUUUUACGUGCAAAACUGCGGACACAACCACUGCUGUUGUGGUUGAAAGCAAACCGACCAGCCUUGCAGUGCAGAAUUGCCAGAAGUAUAGCAUGUGCAAGAAUGGAGGCACUUGUACUCCCAACGGGAGGACCUUCAAAUGUCUUUGCCCGUCUGGAUGGCGAGGUUUUACGUGCAAAACUCCAGACACAACCACUGCUGUUGUGGCUGAAAGCAAACCAACCAGCCUUGCAGUGCAGAAUUGCCAAAAGUAUAGCAUGUGCAAGAAUGGAGGCACUUGUACUCCCAACGGGAGGACCUUCAAAUGCGUGUGUCCAUCUGGAUGGCGAGGUUUUACGUGCAAAACUGCGGACACAACCACUGCUGUUGUGGUUGAAAGCAAACCAACCAGCCUUGCAGUGCAGAAUUGCCAAAGGUAUAGCAUGUGCAAGAAUGGAGGCACUUGUACUCCCAACGGGAGGACCUUCAAAUGCGUGUGUCCAUCUGGAUGGCGAGGUUUUACGUGCAAAACUCCAGACACAACCACUGCUGUUGUGGUUGAAAGCAAACCAACCAGCCUUGCAGUGCAGAAUUGUCAGAAGUAUAGCAUGUGCAAGAAUGGAGGCACUUGUACUCCCAACGGGAAGACCUUCAAAUGUCUUUGCUCGUCUGGAUGGCGAGGUUUUACGUGCAAAACUCCAGACACAACCACUGCUGUUGUGGUUGAAAGCAAACCGACCAGCCUUGCAGUGCAGAAUUGCCAGAAGUAUAGCAUGUGCAAGAAUGGAGGCACUUGUACUCCCAACGGGAGGACCUUCAAAUGUCUUUGCCCGUCUGGAUGGCGAGGUUUUACGUGCAAAACCGCGGACACAACCACUGCUGUUGUGGCUGAAAGCAAACCAACCAGCCUUGCAGUGCAGAAUUGCCAAAGGUAUAGCAUGUGCAAGAAUGGAGCUACUUGUACUCCCAACGGGAAGACCUUUAAAUGUCUUUGCCCGUCUGGAUGGCGAGGUUUUACGUGCAAAACUCCAGACGCAACCACUGCUGUUGUGGUUGAAAGCAAAUCAACCAGCCUUGCAGUGCAGAAUUGCCGAAGGUAUAGCAUGUGCAAGAAUGGAGGCACUUGUACUCCCAAUGAAAAAACCUUUAAAUGUCUUUGCCCGUCUGGAUGGCGAGGUUUUACCUGCCAAGCCGCCGCCGUAACCACAACUACAGCCAGCCCCGUAAAGAACCCGUCCCUGAAGGCCUGCCAGGUAAACCACCUCUGCCGCAACGGAGGUACCUGCCAGGACGCCAAGAAUGGCUUCACGUGCGCCUGCGCCAAGGACUGGCAGGGUGCCAGGUGCACUGCGCGCAGAAACUUGUGCUCCGCCGAGCGUGGCCCGUGUCAGAACGGCGGCACGUGCAGCUACAGCUCGCAACGCGGCUUCCUGUGCGGGUGCACGCCCGCCUGGCAGGGCGAGACGUGCCAGCUUGUUCGCGAUCCGUGCAAGACCGGGCUGAGCUGCGGUUCAGGGUUUCCGUGCAGCCGGGAUCCGGCCUCGCUCGGGGGCUUCUCCUGCGACUGCGACAGCCGGCCUGACGAGACCGGCGUGGAGCAGUCUAAGGUUAACGGGUGA